AUGAAGCUUUUUUGCGUCGUCCUCCCUCUCUUCUUCGCCUCUGCCCUCGCAAUCGAGGCACAUUGGCGAGGGUUCGUCCCAAAUCCGUUGCUUGCACACCAGGGCGGAUUUGGAUUUAGCUUCGAUCAUAAUGACCACACUCACACCGGCGGUUUUCAUCUCUUUGACGAGGCUCAGCCCGUCGUUGCUUCCAAAGCCGCCGCAGUUGAUCCCGCUCAACCUGCUAAUGCUGACGUCGCUGCCGCAGCAGGAGCAGACGCACCAGCACAGCCGGACUUCCCUUUUGUCAAUAACAGGGGGGCGUGGGAGCUACUCCUGCAGGACUCGGGUGUGUCUGUGAUGCAUCUAACCUUGCUACCAAACAACAAGAUCAUGUUUUACGAUGCCGCGGCACCCCAUAUAUCGAACAUCAAGCUUCCCAACGGCGAAUGCCUUCCCUGGAAGAAUGAUCAAGGCGUGGUAGCACAGGAUUGUAAUGCUCAUGGAGUUGAAUAUGAUAUUGCGACAAACACAAUUAGACCACUCAAGAUUACUACAGAUGCAUGGUGCUCAUCGGGAGGGGUUAUGCCCAACGGUAGGUUCAUCAGCACCGGUGGUUGGGCUGAUGGAAUUAAAAGCAUUAGAUAUUUUACCCCAUGCGACGACGGCAAAUGCGACUUCAAAGAUUAUCCAGACACGUUGAAUGCUGAAAGAUGGUAUGCAACUCAGAUAACGCUAGCAGACGGUAGGUUGUUUCUAGCCGGUGGCCGGCAUUCCUACUCCUACGAGUACGUGCCGCCGGAGGGUCAAAAGAGCGCCGGUUCCAUCGUUUCGGAAUUGCUUGACACAACCACCGACACUGACGAGAACAAUCUCUACCCAUUCGUCUACCAAUCCUCCGACGGCAACAUCUUCAUCUUCGCCAAUGACCAAUCCAUCCUCUUCAAUCCCAAAACCAACAGACAGAUUAAGAAGUUCCCCACACUGCCUGGUGGCGCCCGCAACUACCCGGCCUCCGGCAUGUCGGCUCUCCUCCCCAUCGAGCUCAAAGAGCAGAACCCUGACGUCAUCCCUAUCGAAGUCAUGGUCUGCGGCGGCGCUCUCAAAGAAGCUUACGCUGCGUCCGCGAAACCAGAGAACCGAGUCUUCCUCCCGGCCUUGAACGACUGCGGCCGGAUGGUGAUCACUGACCCUAAUCCGCAAUGGGAUAAAGAGGAAAUGCCCUCGAGACGUGUAAUGGGAGACAUGCUGAAUCUCCCCACCGGUGACCUCUUGAUCAUAAACGGAGCCAAGGCUGGUACCUCAGCUUGGUGGCAGGCUGAGGAUCCCAACUUCACACCUCACAUAUACAACCCUAAGUUCCCCAAGGGACAACGCUUCUUCGACAUGGCACCAACUACCAUACCAAGAAUGUACCACUCCACCUCGGCGGUGCUUCCGAGCACCAAGAUCCUGGUGGCAGGCAGUAACCCUAACUCGGGCUACUGGUUCGCUCCGGACGUCAAGUACAAAACCGAGCUGCGGCUCGAGAUCUUCUCCCCACCUUACCUCGACGCGUCUUUGGACAUCCACAGACCGGCAAUCGACGCCGGCGCUACCGCUAAAAAGCUCACGUACGGCGCAGACUUCAAUAUCCAGUUCAAGGUGAACGAGGCAGACAAGCCUGGCAAGAAUGACUUCAAGGUCCACAUGUACGCCGUUCCCUUCACAACUCACGGAUACUCCAUGAACCAGAGGCUGCUCUCCUUGGCCAAGAAGGACUUCAAGGCAGUGGGAGGUGGUGUGUAUAGUAUCACAGCCUUGGCACCACCAUCCGGCAAUGUGGCUCCACCAGGGUUCUACCUGGUGUUUGUGGUGCACCGCGGUGUGCCCAGCCAAGGAGUGUGGGUGCAGAUGAACCAGUAAAUCCGUGG